AUGUUUGAUCCCACUAUGUUGCGUCUCGAUAAACCCAUCAAGGAAGGCAUCCACAGUUUGAUACAAGAAUCGAUUGGCAAUUGCUAUGCUAAUGAACGAAACGACCUGUAUGAUAAUAUCUUCUUGGCCGGCGGCAACACAUUGUUUUCCGGUUUUCCCGAACGGUUGAAGUCAAUGAUUGAUGAAGGGUUGCCCGGAACGGAGGUCAGGAUCACCGCGCCGCUCGAUCGCGAGUUUUCCACGUGGAUUGGCGGUUCCGUGUUGGCCUCUUCGUCGUACUUUCAACGAGUGUGCAUCGACAGUACUGAGUACAGUGAAAAAGGGGCAGCAGCGAUCCAAUACAAGAACAUACGAAACAUUCAAGAAUAA